UAUGCUUGCUCCUCCGGUAGCCGCUCCAUAUGCUUUUUGUUCCUCCCUAGCCCACUGAUGAGUCAGUGGAAAGGGCAAAGGGCCACUAAAAUUGGGGCUGAUGCCUUUUCUGUUCCGAGAAGACCUGCUGCGGCACUCGAUGGACGUCUCCAAUUCGAUCCCAUCCUUGGCGGAGUCUCCGGAUCUCGUCCGACGACCAUUGGCGCCGGCUCUGGUAUCGGCCCCGCCGGCCGUCUAGAAGCUUCCUGUUCUUCUUGAUCUGGAGUAGCCGCCCGAGUCAAUAGUCAUUCCUCUUUCUCCAUCUCUCCUUUUCGUCCUUUGUUUAGCCUUAUUACUUUUUCUCUGCUCCACUCGGUGCCGAUUUCGGCCAUGGCGGUUUUAUACUCGGAUCUGGCUCUCUCUCUCUCUCGCUCGCUCUCUCUCUCGCUCUCUCUCUCUCUCUCUCUCCUUCCCUCUCUCUCUCUCCGUAGCUGUUGCCAGAUCUUGUGCAAGUUCUUUCUUCCUGGGAUCUCUAUUCUAGAGCUCUGCUAGGGCAGCUCUUCCUUCAAAAGAAAACCCUCGCAGCUCAACCCUGCUCUGCUCUGCUGGUAGAGCGAGUCGAAGAAGCCGUCGCCUCUCCGAGAUCGCAUCGGUGAUGGAGCAGUGGCGCAUGAAUCGGGUCAUGAGCUUCGGGAUAUCGGACGUGGCGCUGGAGUGCGUGAUGGGGUACAUCGACGACCCCCGCGACCGGGAGGCCGUCUCCCUGGUGUGCAAGAAGUGGUACCACAUCGACGCCAUCAGCCGCAAGCACAUCACCAUCGCCAUCUGCUACUCCACCAGCCCCGGCCGGCUCCGGCGGCGCUUCCCCCGCCUCGAGUCCCUCAAGAUCAAGGGCAAGCCCCGGGCGGCCAUGUUCAAUCUCACACCCGAAGACUGGGGCGGCUACGCCGGCCCCUGGGUCGGCGAGAUCGCCGACACUUUCAACUGCCUUAAGGCCCUCCACUUCCGCCGGAUGAUCGUGAAAGACGCCGAUAUCGGUGUCCUGGUCAAGGCCAGGGGCCACAUGCUCCAGGCGCUCAAGCUCGAUAAGUGCUCGGGGUUCUCCACCGAUGGCCUCUUGCUUGUUGCCCGCUCUUGCAGAUGCCUUAGAACCUUAUUUUUGGAAGAAAGCUCUGUUACUGAGAAUGAUGGUGAAUGGCUUCAUGAGCUUGCUGUCAAUAAUUCCGUGCUUGAGACUUUGAAUUUCUAUAUGACGGAGCUUAGAAUCUCGCCGCAAGACCUUGAGCUACUAGCCAGGAACUGCCGGUCAUUGAUUUCUCUGAAGAUCAGUGACUGUGAUGUCUCUGAUCUAGUUGGUUUUUUCCGCACAGCAACAGCACUUGAAGAAUUCGGUGGGGGCUCAUUUAAUGAUCAAGCUGGAGAAAUCAACAGGUACGAGAGGGUUCGCUUUCCUCCCAGGCUAUGCUGCUUGGGACUCCUUUAUAUGGGGAUGAAUGAAAUGCACAUAAUAUUUCCAUUUGCCGCUUCACUCAAGAAGCUAGACCUGCAGUAUACUUUCCUCAGCACUGAAGACCAUUGUCAGCUGAUUCAGCGGUGUCCCAAUCUCGAAAUUCUUGAGGUGAGAAACGUGAUUGGAGACCGAGGAUUGGAAGUUGUUGCUCAGACAUGCAAGAAACUACGCAGGCUCAGAAUAGAGCGAGGGGAUGAUGAACAAGGCCUGGAGGAUGAACAUGGUAGAGUUUCACAGAUAGGGCUGUCAACUCUAGCUCAGGGCUGCCUUGAACUGGAAUACCUCGCGGUAUAUGUAUCCGAUAUCACUAAUGCAGCUCUGGAAUCUAUUGGCACUUUCAGUAAAAACCUCUCUGAUUUUCGGCUUGUCCUGCUUGAUAGAGAAGAAAGGAUAACAGAGUUACCCCUUGACAAUGGGGUUCGUGCUUUGUUGAGAGGUUGCACCAAGAUUAGAAGGUUUGGUUUUUAUCUGAGACCUGGAGGUCUUUCAGAUAUGGGUCUUGGUUACAUUGGCCAGAACAGUAGUAAUAUCAGGUAUAUGCUCCUGGGUAAUGUUGGGGAAUCUGAUCUUGGACUUCUGCAAUUCUCAAGGGGUUGCCCAAACCUGCAGAAGCUGGAAUUGAGGAGCUGUUGCUUUAGUGAGCGUGCCUUGGCCCUAGCAGUAUUGCAGCUUCCUUCAUUGAGAUACUUAUGGGUGCAUGGAUACAAGGCAUCACCAACUGGCAGUGACCUUAUGGACAUGGCCCGCCCCUUCUGGAACAUAGAAUUCAUCCCCCCUAGACAAUGUAUCGCUUCUCAUGAAUUUGAAGACAGGCGGGGUGGUGUAGAGAGUCCGGCUCAGAUACUUGCAUACUACUCCCUUUCUGGAAGGAGGACAGAUUACCCAGAAUCUGUGAUUCCUUUGUAUCCACCAGCAUGACUGUACAUGUGUCCUCUUUUUUUUUAAGCACUUUUUUGCUGCAUUCCCUUUUCUGCUGUAACUGCCGUAAUAUCUGAGUGAUGAACGUGUCUAUAUGUCUUGUUUGUAUCGUUUUGAAAAUUUAAGCCGUGAGUUAAUGAGUUGUGAACUACUUUCUGUAAUCAAAUGAAUUUUAGUCAAAAUCAC